AUGGAAUAUGCAAAACCACGCAAAGGGCCGCUGCCUGGAGGUCGCCAGGGCGCGUCUGGUGCUGGCGCUGGACGCGACAGCAUGCGAACCGCCAGCCGAGCGAGAGGUGCUGCACGACCACCCAUUAGCCCCUCGCAUCCAUCAUCCCCACCAGCUGGCUUGGUGUCGGCAGGUUCUUCGCAGGCCCAGCAAUCGGCACCCGCCACUGGUGGAGUACGCCGCAUGCGAUGGACAACCGAAAUGAAUACUAACGCAUUGCGGGCGUAUUUUAGGGCGAAAGGGGGAGAAGUUGGAGGUUUGGCGUAUCGGGCUAGGAUGCAUCGUCUUUUUGCUGAGCUGGAGCCAUCUUUAACCGUCUCAGAGCGAAACCUGGCAGACCGGGUUCGGUAUAUCUUGCGCUCAAAUAUAUUUGAUGUCGCCGAACUCGAACGACUACGACGUGAGGCUGUUCCCUCAUCGGAUGAAAAUGCUACGGCUGAGGAUGCGGCGCCACAAAUUGCAGAGCAACCCGCAAAUAUGAAUACCGCCGUGAAUACCCCAGUUGUGGUUGAUUCAAAUGAUGAUGGAACAGUCGCCCAGGAACUGGAAUUAGAGCAUAUGAGGAGUACAUUGGAAGAGGCGAUUGUGGAAACGCGCAGUACGCCUCUCGAAAAUCGACCGCGACUUCCCCAUAUAGCCCUAAGCAAGCGGAAUCGGGCUGUCGUGAGGGCUCUGAACCCAAUGCUGGUGACCUCGCCAAACUUUCCACGGCUGGACGCGCUACUGGACAAAGUAGCGCUAUCCCAGCCUGAAGAAUAA